GCUGCUGAGCGGCGGCAUGGAGGAGGCCCUGGCGUGGGAGACCGACGGCCUGCUUCCCCUGGAGAGGCAGCUCCAUGAGGCCGCCCGACGGAACAACAUCGGGAGGAUGAAGGAACUGAUCGAGAGGAGAGUCAACGUCAGGGCCAGAAACCACGUGGGCAGGGUGGCCCUGCACUGGGCUGCAGGCGCCGGGCACGAGCCAGCUGUCCGGCUGCUGCUGGAGCACGAGGUUGCUGUGGACGAUGAGGAUGCGUUUGGGAUGAACGCGCUUCUCCUGUCUGCCUGGUUCGGCCACUUACGGAUCCUCCAGAUUCUGGUCAACUCUGGGGCCAAGAUCCACUGUGAGAACAAGGACGGCCUGACCUUACUACACUGUGCAGCCCAAAAAGGCCACGUGCCGGUGCUGGCGUUCAUAAUGGAGGACCUGGAGGAUGUGCCCCUGGACCAUGCUGACAAGCUGGGAAGGACGGCGUUCCAUCGGGCUGCUGAACACGGGCAGCUGGAUGCUCUUGACUUCCUUGUGGGCUCUGGCUGUGACCACAGUGUGAAAGACAAGGAGGGGAACACGGCCCUUCACCUGGCUGCCGGCCAGGGCCACCUGGCUGUGCUGCGGCGGCUCGUGGACAUCAGGCUGGACCUGGAGGAGCAGAACGCGGAAGGUCUGACUGCCCUGCACGUGGCGGCUGAAGGUGUCCACCCUGACUGUGUACAGCUGCUCCUUGAGGCCGGGAGCUGUGUGAACGCCCUCACCCAGAAAAAACAGAGCUGCCUCCACUACGCAGUCCUCUGUGGCUCUGAGGACGUGGCCCGGGCCCUCAUCCAUGCAGGAGGCCACACCAAUGUGGCUGAUCAUCAGGGCGCCUCUCCUCUGCACCUGGCUGUGAAGCACCACUUCCCUGCCUUGGUCCAGCUUCUCAUCAACGCCGGCAGUGACCUGGAUGCCACCGACAAUAGGCAGCAGACACCCCUCCACCUUGCUGCUGAGCACGCCAGGCAGGACAUAGCGGAGAUGCUCCUCAUCGCGGGGGUUAACUUAAACCUGAGAGAUAAGCAAGGGAAAACUGCCCUGGCGGUGGCCGCUCGCAGCAACCACAUCAGCCUGGUGGACAUGAUCAUAAAGGCUGAUCGCCUCUACACGUGGGAGAAGGACCACCUCUGGCGCAGGGACCCCAGGGAUUGCUGUGGGAAGAACUUGACCUUUAGGCAGGACCAUCGGCAGGAAGGGCGGCAAUUCUCCUGUGUGCUGUGGCGACUGGCCUCCAGGGACCUGCGGCCUCAUGAGUGGAAGAAGCUCGCAUAUUGUUGGGAGUUCACUGAGGCCCACGUCCACGCCAUCGAGCAGCAGUGGACAGGCACCAAGAGCUACCAGGAGCACGGCCACCGGAUGCUGCUCAUCUGGCUGCAUGGUGUGGCCACAGCCGGUGAGAACCCCAGCAAAGCACUGUUUGAGAGCCUCGUGGCCAUUGACAGGAGGGACCUAGCUGCUUGGAAUAAGGCUGGAACAGCCUGCAGACUUCUUUUCCACAAACAGUAAGACAUAUGGGCUAGAACUGGCUUAAUAGGAGUUGAACCAGUUCGAUCUGGCAAAUAAAUCACAUUUCUGAGGCCAUCACAACCUUUUGAGUCUGUCCAUUCCAAAAGCCUCGUUUGAGAUUCUGAGCACCCUGUGGAACUAUCAGGCAAGCGAGAUAAAACGUUCAGUACGAUUCCCUCAUUAAAAACAAAAUCAGCUCAUGCUGAAAGAGGCUUAAAUACUGUGACGUCCACUGGCGUGGUGCAUUAUGCGGCACAGGACAGGGUCUCAGGCGGUCAGCAGUAGUAACGAAGGCUCUGUGGCACUAACCGUGAAAACGUGGCUAGCAUGUCCUAGAGAGGAGAAAGGCGAGCCCCUGUGUGGUGGGGAACUCACAGCUGCUGCAGGGAAGGUGGGAAAACACUCAUUUCACAGGGGAGGAAUCAGGGACUUUUUUCUUUUUCCAAAAUGGUCUUAAAUAUCAUUCUAUCUUCUUCUAGCACAAACACUGGCAGGCAAUUAAAACAAAAAACCAGCCCGGUGAGGCAGAGCCGCGGCAACACGAAGCAAUAGGAUUCUUCUCUCUUGCAGAAAGCGUCAGGAAGAAAGCAAAUGCUGACCCGAGGGCCCCCAGCAGGUGCACGGCCAUGUAACCAGAGGGGCCAGACCUUCAGGGGCAUGGGGCCUCAGAGUGGGGGCCACUGAACAGAAGACGACCACCACUUAAGGGCUUUUUAAAAAAAAAAAAUCGCCGUAACAGACCUCCCGCUGCUUGCGGUCUCUUCCCCAAGGGCCGGUCCAGGGGCCGGUCCGGGUUUUGCAGGUAAUCCCUUCCCACAGGUGGGGUCCUUUACAGCUCUCGGAGCCUCACAGCAGUCCCCUGAGAUGCAAGGGGCAUCUCUUCAAAGAGGACGCUGAGGCCCGGGAAGGAUAAAGCAGCCAAUCAGCUGUUGCGGUCAGGUGCCAAACCCCGCAUUCCUGUCUCUCCAGCCGGCACUGACAAAACCGCCCGCCCGUCACCCACUCACUGGCUUUUAAUGAACGCUGCGCUCACUCCACAGCUCUUUCUGUCCCCAAGCUUAUUUGUAUGCCGUGACAGUUCCAGGAGGCACACACUCUUUUUUUCUCUCUUGUUUUAGGAUAUUUUUUUUUUCAAUUUUAAAAAUUUUAUUUUGAAAUCCUUUCAGACUUAAACAUUGCGGAACCAGUACAAAGAAUUUCUGAAUACGCUUCACCAUACAGCUUCCCCAAAUACUAACAUCUUACACAAUCACAGCCUAAUUUUCAAAACCAGGAAGUUAACACUGAUACCGUACUCUUAACUGCUCUUCAGACCUGAUUCCGAUUUUGUCAGUUGAGCCGUUCAUCCGAGUCCUUUUUCUGGACCAGGAUCCAGUCCAGGACCACACACCUUACAUUUAGUUGUCAUUCUUCGUUUUACUAGCCCCAUACAGAGGGUCACCUCUCCAGAACAGCACCAUCUGACAGAACUUUCUGUGGUGACGGGAAUGUUCCAGAUCUGUGCUAUCCAAUACAUUUACCCCUAGCCACCUGUGGCUGCUGGGUACUUGAAGUGUGGCUAGUGGGACCGAGGAACCAAAUGUGUAGUUUAAUUUGAAUGAUUAGAAAUUUAAAUAAGUUGGGGCGCCUGGGUGGCUCAGUCAU